CUGAUCUGGAGCUGUUCAUACUGAAAAAUCUCUGUGUUUCGUCUCCGCUGCUUUGUGAUAUUUAAGUAACGCCGCUGCACAGAUCGCUGAAGUGUUGAGGGGAGUUUUUACAGUCAGAGAUCCGUGUGGAGGUGCUGGUUUUAUUCUGGCGGGCUCCAGGGUUAGCUUGCUCCGUUAGCUCCGUGAACAGCGAUGACCUGAGAGAGUUUCUCUUUCUGCGCAUCUCGACUGUUGACUAAAACCGGAGACCCUCCGCUCAUCAUGGCGAGUGAAAACACCGAGACUAACGCGGGGAACGAGGAGGAGACUGGCCCUCCAUCCGAGCACGACUAUGCCCACCCCGAGGCCGGUAACUUAACUUCCACGGAGGCGUCCUCCCCCUCGGGUCCACCGGCGGUAGACGGAGGGGUCACCCCGCAGGGGAGCUUCACCACAGCGGCAGAGCAGCACAGCACGCCGGGACAGCAGCCCGCUCUGCCGGUGGAGCUCCCCGAGCCCGCCGUGGGAGCGGAGGUGGACUGUCCCGGUGGAAACGAUGUUGUGGAGUCUUUUCCACCGCAGACCGAGGAGGACCCCCCAAAGACAGAAGCCACGGUGCUCUCUGUGGUCCCCUCCGCCCCCACUAACCGAGGUGGCCGAAAGCGUCCGAAGCGGCCCGAGGACAGGUACUGCUCCGCCUGUAAGUCUGAGUUUGAGCGGCAGGGCCGCAGCUUCAACCGGAGGGCGGUGUACACCUUCUCCAGCCCGGACACGGUGCAGUGGGCCUUCCCGGACAUCACCGUGCACGAGAAGUCUUUCCUGUGUGAGACCUGCGCGCAGGUCAUCAGGAGCAAAUGUAAACGCAAACAGAGCGGGAAGAGGACCCUGUGGCUGAAACCGCCUCAGACAAAACCGUCGGAGUCGAGAGACAAGAAGAUGAAAGGUCGCAGGAUGGGGAAGAAGAGCAAAGCAGCACAGCUGGUGAGCAAGUCCUGCUACAAGGCCGCUUUCAAAAUGCUCUGGUCCGCCAAAGGAGCCCGGAAGCCCAUGAUGGAGUUCUGGAGCAGACAGCUGAAAGAGGAGAUGAAGGCGCUGACGCGGCAGACGGACAAUCCCUUCCAUCAGAAGGUGUCGAGCAGGAAGCCGCUGUCGUCCUUCCCCUGGAGACGCUGUCUGAACUGGGCCCAGGACCACGCUCCCCUCGUCACCACCUGCCUCACCUCACUGUUCCCCGACAUCAACUCUCUCUCCAAGAGCGGACACCCGCUGUCGGAGGACCAGGCCCAGACGCUGCUGGAGCGCCGUGCCGUGGUGGCGCUCUCCAUCCCGCUCUUUACCAGGAACAUCUGGAAGAACAACUUCCUGCAGGCCGCUCUGGGGGCAGAGCUGCGUCUGCAGGGCUGCUCAGGCGCUGCUCUGGACGCCCUCAACACGAUGGGACUGUGUCAGAACAAAGACACCGUCAGGUUACUGCUGCACCGGCUGCGAAACAGCAAGAAGACGGCGACACAAAACGGACGACAGAUGAAACAAGACCACAUGAAAGCAGAAGACAUGUCAGACGUGGAGGAGGAGGAUAUCGAGGAGGAAGAAGAAGAGGAAGAGGAGGAGGAGGAAGAGGUAGGAGAAGAAGAGGAUGAGGAUGAUGAAGAAGAAGAGGAGGAGGAGGAGGAGGAGGAGAUGGAAAUGGUGGUUGAGCAGGAAGAAGUGCAAGAGGUAGAGGUGCAGGUCGGAGUGGAAGAGGACGAUGUGGAGACGCAGGCAGUGGAGGAGAAGAAGAGGAGGAAGAAGAAGGCGAAGAAACAGAGGAAGGAGGAGAAGAGGAAGGAGAGAGGGAAACGGAAGGUGAAGGAGAGGGAGGAGGAGGAGGAGGAGGAUGAAGGGUCUGAGCAGAAGAAGAGGAGGGUGGUGGUGGUGAGGCUCGGCCUGCUGAAGGGACACUCAGAAGUUGGACGAUCUGAUCUGUCAGCUCCCUAAGACUCUGCAGGCUCCGCCCACAAACUCAACAGGUCCCGCCUCCAAUCAGAGAGCAGGACAGUGGUCCCGCCGUCUUCUCUGGGGGGUGUUGAGAGGGAUUCUGGGAAAUGUAGUUCAGCAACUGUGGAGGGAAACUGAGAGCUUUAGUUACAAUUUUUCAUUUUGACAUUAAAAUUAAAAUCAGAAAUGAGUUAAUUUGAGCCCAGAAACACAAAAGUGGUCCACUGAAACUGAGUCAAACAGCAAAACGGCCGCAGCUGAUUGAUCACAUGAUUAUCUGCAUUAAUUUCAUCCCUGAUGGUCGUGUGAAUCAAGGUAGCUGAAUCUAAAAAUGAACCAACUUCCAGUUUUGUUCGACCCUCUGUGUAUGCUUCCAACAUUCAUAUUUUUGGUUAAACUUUUAUAACCCUUUGAAACAUUUAAAAACUGCCUUGAAGUCUUUCAAAAACAU